AUGGCAGAUUCAAGCUUUCAGCAAGAGUUCCUGGAAACCCACAAUGCCUACAGGGCGAAACACAACACACCACCAAUGACCCUCAGCAGUGAGCUGACUGCUUCAGCUCAGAAAUGGGCCGAUCACCUGCUGGCAAACAAUACCCUGGAGCACCGUCAGAUGCCGGACGGAGAGAACCUCUACAAUAUGUGCAGCUCAACAACUAUUAAACUAACAGGGAAAGAAGCUGUUGAUUCAUGGUACGGUGAGAUCAAGGAUUACAACUGGGGCAACCCUGGAUUCAGUGGCCAAACUGGUCAUUUUACUCAGGUGGUGUGGAAAGACAGCACUGAACUGGGCGUGGGUAUGGCCACUAAUGGCAACAAGGUCUUUGUGGUUGGGCAGUACCGACCAGCUGGCAACAUGAACAGGAAGGAAUACUUUGAGCAAAACGUCCUCCCACAAGGAACAGGCUGGUAUUCUGGGGAAAUCAUCACGGAUGGGCAGAUGCAUCAUGGACUUCCCCUGGACUAUGCUGACCAUUAUGCUCAGCGCACUGUGGGUCUGUGGCUGCAUAGCCUGCUGGUGACUGUCUGGCUGUAUAAGCAUCAAAUGGACUUCCUGGCUCAAUUCUCUGGAGAGCAGCCAAACAGACUCGGCUCUCUUAAAGACACAUAA